AUGGCCACCUCGCUUGGGCCGAAGACCGGCCCGAGCCAAACUUUUAGCGCCCAGGACAAGAGCGCCUUCUUGGACCUUGCGGACCCUCUCGGCUCGCUGUGCAAUCGCCCUCUCCCCAGCGAUGGGCCUUCCCGCUUCCUGUCACGGAGCUAUGCGCCCAACGAUAGCAUGGACGAGGAGGAGGAUGGAGCGCUGGCACAGCACCCCCUGGUUCAAGCCGGGCGAGCGCAGAACCUUCGGGGUGGCUUAGUCGUCGCUGACCUGACGAAGCGGGGCGUGGCAGAGUGCUUCGAAGAGUUCGGCCUCAGGGACUACUUCGACGAGUUCGGGCAGCCCCGGUUCUGCAACCUCUCCAUGUCCGUGGCUGCACGAAGGCAUCCGGAGGUUUCCAAGGUCUUCGGCUCCCGAGCGUCCGGCGUCUCCCCGCCCGAGCAGCACAUCUUCUCCCUCUCGGCCGUGGCAUACCGCAAAGCGAGCGCCAUGAUCGAGAGGGACCGGCAGCUGCAAAAGGAUGCAAAAACAACACUCUACCGGAGCCUGGCUUCAGACGAGCGGUAUCGCAUGUCGGACGUCAGGGCGAGGCAGCACGACUUGAUCAUGCACAAGUUCCCCGACCGUCAGAGCCAGGAGAAAGACCGAGCUCUGCGCACCUGUCCCUUCCUCCCACCGGGGGUGCCCCCCGAGGUCAUGCAUCCCGUCGAGCCCCGGUCUCGGAAGGCCGAGCGCGAGGAGCGCAGGCGCGGCGAGCGCCUGAACAUGUAUCUUGCAGAGGUGACACCGCAGAGCAUCUUUGUGGUGAACAGGCAGGGCUGGAUUUUCAACUACGAGGACGUCCGGGAGAUCUCUGAGAAGAUCGAUGCCUGGAUGAAGGCCAUCGACCUGACCCCGAACCUGGGCGUCGAUCGGUCCACCUUCUCUCAGCUCUUCGUCGACCUCGAGCUUUAUGAGAAGGAGAAGCUGCCCUACGUGUGGGCUCACCAGGUUUUUGAUGCCUAUGCCAAGCCGAUGCGGCUUGUGCCUGGCGAUCCCGACUACUACGGUGACGACUCGCAAGAGGGGCGCGUGCGAUCGGCCCUGUGCGUCUGCAAGUGGGACUUCAUGGCGGUCCUUGACAGGCUCCUGCGAGUCCGCUUCGAGGGGGCUGCCAGGGACACCUUCAUGAACCGAUUUCGGGCGGCCACCGGCUUCAUAGAGAAGGAGACUCGGGGCAUUGGGCUGUGGGUUGAAGGGAACUCGAAGGUGAAGAAGAUACGGUCGCCCGGAGAAUCAAGGUGCCACCGGCAGGAAGACGACUACUACUUGAAGAGCAUGGAAAGAGCAAUUGAAGAUGCCACCAAGAUCUACCCCGUGAUUCCCAAGCGUAACCACAGGUGCAUCUGCACCGUUCCUCAUGCUUCUGGUUUGCCAGUGCUGUCCAUGCACAAGAUGAGUGAUGACAUUCAAGUUGGCGACAACUUUUUGGGAUUGGGCCGCUCACGAUAG